AUGUGUUUUUCUUUCUCUGAAUAUCAGGCCGUGGGUCCAUCAGGCUGGUGGGUUCUGGGGGAGACUGUGCAGGGAGGCUGGAGGUUUUUCACAGCGGCUCAUGGGGGACAACAGCUGCAGUGUGGAGUGGCCCUCAGUAACCAGCAGGUACCAGCCUGGUUUGGUCCUGGUUCUGGACACAUAUGGCUGGAUGAGGUGGAGUGUGAGGGGAAUGAGACGUCCCUGUGGAGCUGCUCUUCUUCAGGCUGGGGAAAACAUGACUGUCAGCACAUGGAGGAUGUAGGAGUCGUGUGCUCAGAUUUUAAAGAGAUAAGGUUAACUGAGGGCUGUGAAGGGAAUAUGGAGGUUUUCUACAAUGGAUCCUGGGGUAAUGUGUGUUACAACCAGAUGGACAGAGACACAGUGAGUCUGAUCUGUCAAGAGCUGAACUGUGGAAGAUCUGGUGAUUUUUCUGAUUCAGUAUCCAGAGUGAAAUCAGCUACUAACUGGUUGGAUGAAGUGAAAUGUCGACCACAUGACUCAAAUCUGUGGCAGUGUCCAUCUUUACCAUGGGGACAAAAUUACUGUGAUGGAGAUGAAGUGGCCAAAAUCACCUGCUCAGAACAGAAAAACCACGAGUCCCCUCGAAGCUAUCUGACAUGGUCCUCAUCUCCCCACCAGAAACAGUGUUCAGAUCAUGUUCCUCUCAGACUGAGUGGAGGUAAGGGCCGGUGCUCUGGGAGGCUGGAGGUGUAUCAUAACGCUGUGUGGGGCUCAGUCUGUGAGGAUCAGUGGGACAUCAGCGAUGCUCAGGUGGUCUGCAGGCAGCUGGGUUGUGGAGCAGCACUGAGGGCUGAUGGGAAUUCAGUCUUUGGUGCUGGUGAAGGUGUUGUGUGGAUGAACAAAGUAGAGUGCAGAGGGAAUGAGAUUCACCUGUGGGACUGUCCUCUCUCCCUGAAAAACCACACUGACUGCUCCAACAAAGAGCAUGCUGGACUCACCUGUGAAGAUGUUUCAGUGUCCACUACUCCUGCCACAACAACGUCAGCUUCUCCUCCAGUUUCUCCUCCAGUGCGCUCAACAUCAGUCUCUCCUCCACAAACUCUCUCCGUCCCCCCAGUGCUUGUGAUUGUUCUGGGAGUUGUGCUCUUACUGCUCUUAGUGCCACUGCUUAUACUGAUUCAGCAGAACAGAGUGAUGAGGAGAGGUAGGAGAGAUCCAGAGACUGUCAUAUUGUGUCUUAUUCAGUGUGUGAUCAGUCAUGUGUUGUGAACUGACAGCAGGUUUGUCUGUCUACACUCACAGCU